AUGGACGUCGCUACUCUCGUCAAGCAGAUGCACGACAACCUGUCCGAGAUACACACAACUAUUACUGGCGUCUCAACUGAAAGCCAUCACGCCCAAUUGGAUGAACUAGAGAAGAAGCGGAACGAUUUGCUGGACUCUCUACGAGCCGCCUUUGACCAGGAAAAGCAGGAGCUGGAUUCCAAGAGAAGAACAGAACGUGAGGAGAUUGCAGAACAACGGAGGAAGGAAGAUGAAGAACGAGAGGCACGUCGGCGUCGGGAAGAUGAGGAACUUCAGGGGAGAAAUGAUACCGAAGACCUUCAAAGGCACGAGAAGCUUGAUGAAAACCUCAAACAGGUAGAUGAAGAUACAGAUCAGAGAAUGGAUGAGAUUGAGGAAGCCGCCAGACGAACGGUCGAUCAGGGCAGAAAAAGACUGGAUGAGUUGGAGGAGAAGAGACGAGAAAUCAACCGCCUCAUUGACGAGCAACUCCAAAUGCCGCUUCCAAGCGUUCCAACAAGGAAGAGGGCGCGUGGCGAAAAGUCGGUCAAUGGUACUAAACAUGGUGCUCCAGUCAGUAUGCCAAGCCCUUCCAAGUUGGAAGUAGGACUCCUCGGUAACAGUGACAAGACGCCUGAAACGGUACCGACUCCCACCGUAGAGUCAGGAGAGUCAUCGGCUUUAGUUUCAGACGAGGUCCUUAAGAAGGACGGCCAACACGAAGAUGUCCGUACAGAGCUAAGAGACUCAGUUGCUCCCGAGGAAAGUCAAGCCCGAACAGAAGCUCCGGAAGUUACAAAAUCACCUUCACUAGCCCCACACCAAGACCAAGCCGACUCUCAGGAAGAAGGAGUGGAAGGGUUGGAGGGACGAUUGGCACCUCAAACGGAAGAUUCAGCUAUCGGCCUAGAUCCAGCAGUGGAGGCAGACAAGACAUAUUCGCGGCACGCCUCGCUUUCUGGGAGCGAGUCUCACAGUCUGGAUCCAACUGAAGAGUCGCACCCCCCCAAAGAUGAAUUCGAGAAGGAGGAAAGCGGGGGCAUCCAAGUAGUCACUGAAAUCCAUCAAGUGCCUCGAUCCUCCGUGGGACCGAUCCUUACCUCAGAGUCUGCGGGCGACACCAAUGAAGUAUUGAACAGCUCCUGGUCAAAUUCAUCCAUCGGCAUAAGUGAUGAUGAGCCACUGUUGUUAGGCACCAAGGCGGAACCACUGAGGACUGACACAUCCAUCCAAACAUCAGCUUCUGGGGAGGCGGCAAUGCCUUCUCGCGCAAUACGGGGUUCAAGUGACUCUCCCAAAGGAGUAGAGUUGGAUACUCCAAAACCCAACUCCAUCCACUCCAUUCCAAGAGAGGAAUAUGAUCUUGCUAAGGGUUAUGCUAAAGAAGACACUGAAGACUCAACAGGGGCCCAAUGUGAGUUUGGAUCCAAGGAUGACUCAUCCGAUCGCCCUGAUGAGGAUGCUGGCAAUAUACGCCCUAAUCCAGGCCAGCCCAAAGCUAUUGAAGAGAGACUGAGGACGUCGAACACGGCGUCACAUGAGCAGGAUGCCGAUGAUUGCGACAUCACUCCUGGUUCACCUACUAUCCUAAAUGUCGGCGACGGAUUUGAGAAAAGCCAUGAUGAAGCACACGAUUCGGCCCUGGCUUGGGCAGAUAUUCCUCAAGAUAACCUUAGCUCCCCAAUGAAAAGUCGACCAGAAACUCCAACCGAAGCCGGCACAGAUACAACCAGAGGUCUAACGACUACCCCAGACACGAAGCAACAGAAUCCCCCGGUUGAACUCGCCGAAAGUCUACCUGACAGCAAUUCAGACGUGGGUGGUUGCGAAGCGUAUGUUGCGACGGGCCCUGGAUUGUAUCGGGGAAGAAAUCAGGACCUUGGAGACCAUGAACCUUCCCAGCCAGUUCCAACCGCCGUCAUCGAAGAACAGUCAGCAAAUACGGGGGCGAUUGCCUCAGAUUUGGACCGAAUAAACGAAAACACAAGUCUGGGCUCACCACCCAACGACGAUGAAGGUGGAUCAGCGCCAGGUGGUGACGGAGAAAGCAGAGGAGAAAGCACCACUGCUCCGGAACGGCACUCAGAACCUGCAGGUGUGCCCUUUCGUGAAGCUAAUCACACGCAUGAGCGAGAAUCCCAAGGGGGUAACGUUGUGGAAGAUGCUGGCUGCGACCAAGGCGCCGUUGAAGUGGUUCACACAGCAGGGAAACCGGUCGACAGUCACAGCGAAUGUGCAAUCACCGAGGGCACUGACAUCCCUAUUUCACGACCCCAUUAUGGAGACGGCCAGCCGAGACUCCCAGUCGAGCCCGGAAGCGGUAGCUUGGGCCUCGAUAGAUUGGAACAACCCAGCGGCAUGGGCGAUGUGACAGAACCAAACGCAUCAGAUGAGGGUCAAUACCAGCAUGAAGUUCCCGAAGCUGUCGGCGAGAUGGCUUGCCCGGGACACGACGUCGAUAUGGUAGAUGACUGUGAUGCUGAGAAGGCUAGAUAUAUGGCGGGGGACUUACCGAGCCGCAACCUGGACGUCGAUGGGUCACACGAUAAUCUCCCAGUCCCGGAUGAAGACAGGGACAAGUUCAACCCGCUACUGGGUAAACGGAUUGGGAAAGAGGCUCCAGAACCAGCGGUCACCAGUCCAGACGACACAAGAUCAAGUACCUGCGGGUCGACUGAUCGCCAACCCUUCGCCCUAAGCACAAGCACAGAUCUUCCACAUUCACAAUCGAGUCCUCAGGAAACAGAUGACCACCUCGGAAUGGAUAACGAGAGGCGAGGCCAUUUGGUUGACUUUGGAACUGCUGAAGCUGAAAGUCCGAGUUUAGGACACGAUCAAGUUCGUAGCUCCAACGAACCUCAUCCGCACAUGGAUGAUGAGCCACGUCCUAAUGAGAUCCUAGGCGUCAAAUGGGGACAAGAGCCAGCCGGAGAGCCCGAGGAGCCCAACGAGUGUCCGGCUUCACUUGCAAAGCAGGACCCCGGAAACUACCUCAGCCAGGACAAUGGAGUGGACCGCCAGCAGGAAGCGAAUUCGAAUCCAGCUCAGAGGCACGGCUCUUUAGAAGAGACUCCGGUGAACAGUGAACUGCAUGUUGAGCCCAGCACCAAAUCACAUUCAGAGAGCGUUAUAUCCGAGCAAGUAAAUCAAGGACCUCUUCAAAUGCCCGGUUCAGCAGUUGGAAGCCUUUCGUCGGUAGUCACACAGGUUGUACCGACGCUAAUGUUUGGAAAGGUGCCGAAAGAUGAAGCCACCUCAGAUCAGUCAACUAAUGAGAUAUAUGAUGACCGCACAGAACGACUUGCUUCUGAUAAUACAAUAGACCUCGGAGCCUCGGAAGAAGCAGCAGGCACUACUACCAUGUUGGUAACCGAUGGAAACGGGGAUAACCACCUUUCGGUUGAUCCUCCCACGAGACAGACAACAAGCUCGCCAUUACCUGUAGAAAAUGACACCGUUCACGGCCAUGAGGAUCUGUUUGACGACGACAAUACUUCGUCCUACCAAGACAUCGAGACAGACCAAGACGAUGACUCCGCAGCUGAAAUUGCAACGCAUCAUACCGUUUCGCAACAGAACACGGUGCAUGCUGCGAGAGAUAGUGAUGGCAUCACAGACAGUCUCACCUCUGGGGAAGGGAUCUGGAAGCAUGGUCAAGACACAGUUAGACCGUCAAAUCAGAGCACCGAUGAUCAAGGGACAGAAUACUUGUCAAAGGGAGCCUCCAAAUUGGGAUAUCCAGAAUCGCAUGAUAUCGCCAAGACGCCAAAUAUUGUGCCUAUAAGCCAUCAAAGCGUCCCGGAGAUCAGUCCUUUGGUGCUUCAGAGCGAUACACCCACGACGCCUAAGCGAGGAGGGCUCGCAGCGAGCAGGCAUGCUCCGUGGAACAGUCCUCAGACCCCACCUCACCAGACCGAGACGAAUGCAGAGUCAGAAACCUCUCCUGCAGCGUUUACUCCUCGAGAUGUUACUAAUGUUCCCUGGCAUGAGCGAAAUGAUUCGAUUCCUCAGUCCCUACACAGUCAGAGCACGCUCUCAUCAGCACCCUCUUCUCCUGUACACUCCGCUCUGCCGAUUGAUAAACACGAGCCGGUGAUCCGAGACUCGUGGCAUGGCCCGCUAGGCAAUGGUAUGCGUUCUCGCGCUGGCACGCAACUUACCGAUCGAAACGACACUGGGGAUUUUGAUCCUUUCAAAUACGACUCAGGGAGCUCGUUUUCUUACAACGCGAAUUCUCCAAUUCGUAAUGUAGAGAUGCAGCAACCUCAACCGCAGUCGAGCCGCAGUUCGCUUGCCGGGUCGCCCAUGUUUCAGAAGCUGCGCAAUAUGUUCGAGGUUCCAACCGGCGUAGAGUCUAGUUCUCCCCCCUCACGGUCUGCUUCUGGUAACUUUCAGCCGGUUGGGCGGGAUAGAAGUUCAUCAUUGCACAAGUCUUUCAAUUUAUCGGACACAGACGACUCCCCGCGAAGGGCAGGAUUCCUCAACGAGCACGAGGAUGAGGUUGAUGAGCACAGUGCAUUACUUCAAAGUUCCAAUGGGUUCGACCGAAAUUGA